GCAUUAAGGAUAAACGCAGUCUCGCUUAGUUCGUCGCCGAACACUGUUUACUUUCAACGUUUGUUGAUUCAAUUGUAAAUUUACAAAAGCGACAUCAAAACAAUGAAGCUUAUUUUUUACGGAUUAUUAAUAUUUUCACUGACGAAAGCUACUUCACAAAAAUCAACACCAGAGGAUAGUCAGUACGUAGCAGCAGUUGUUGAAUUCAUCAUGUCAGAUGACGUCGAAGACAACAUUCGUAACUACAUUCAUUACAUUGAGGAGGCUGCUAAACAGCAUGCAGACAUCAUAGUUUUCCCGGAGCUGUCUUUGACAAAUAAAACCACAGCCUUCGUUGUACCAGUCUAUGGCUCACUGAAACGAUAUCCCAUACCGGCGAUACACCCAGAUUUGUAUGAUAAUAUUUUAGUGUCAAUAUCGGCGGCUGCAAGAAGUAAUCAAAUCUACGUUGUGGUCAACGGCCGAGAGCUCAUGGAUUGUACUAAGAAUGACACCGGCGAACCUUGUCCGGAGCUGAAAGAAUAUAUUUUUAAUACAAACGUUGUGUUUGACAGGAACGGAGCGGUUAUUGAUCGAUAUCGCAAGAUCAACCUUUUCCGGGAAUAUUCUCACACGCCCGCUUUGAGCCCAGACUUGGGCUAUUUCGACACAGAUUUCGGAGUUAAAUUCAGUCACUUUAUUUGCUUCGACAUCAUGUUUCAAGUGCCGGCAGUACAGUCCGUGCAGAAACUGAAUGUCACCGACGUGAUUUUCAGUACGAUGUGGUUUUCGGAGUUGCCGUAUUUAACUGCUGUACAAAUUCAACAAGCAUACGCCUACGAAAUGAAUGUGAAUUUUAUUGGUGCCGGAGCUAAUAAUAUUAGCCUUGGUAAUGCAGGAUCAGGCAUAUAUUCCGGUCGAGCGGGUGCUUUGGUCAGCAUAAUGCCGGGAGUUCCAACCACACGACUCCUUGUUUCCAGAGUCCCAAAAAUCCCUGGAAAAGUAUCAGGUAAAUAUCCAGGGCCUAUCGACGACAGUCUUACAAAUACAGAUAAUUUAGUCAUAUACACCGAUCCAACCUUGGACACUCACGUCAGCAGGCCUCUGGUACCUGGCUUCCAAGAGUUUACGCUUGUCGAUAAAGACGUCAGCUGUUCCUUCAGCAUCCGGUUAAAGAACAAGAGCGGUGAUGCGUACCCACAUUUCCGUGCCGUCGUGCAAGAUGGGUCCAAUGUCUACGUGAAUCGUGAGAUAGGAGUCGCGGCUUGUCUAGUAGUUGCUUGUACGACUGAAGAUUUCAAAAGUUGCGCCCAAAGAUAUAAAAACGAAGAAAGCAACGUUGAAAUUGAAAAUUUGGUCAUCGAAAUGACAACAUUUAAAAACACAUACAACGAAACAUUGCAAUGUGAUAAUAUGCUAUACCUACCAAUUUCGGUCAGAGUAAACAAGCUUCCGCUCGACCCGACAAACUACACUUUUGUGGAAGAAUCACCAAUAACAUCAAACGGCAGUGAAAAAACGAAAAACGAAGCAACAGCGACAAUCAUUGAUCGUACGAAAUUCUUGUUCAAACUAAACAAACCACAAACAGAUUUAGUGGCUUUCGGAAUAUGGGGUAGAUUGUUUUUAAAUGAUUUCGAUCACAGCAAUAACGAGAGCAAAUCAAUGUGAUGUUGUUAACAUAAUAAUACAUUAUAUUUUAAAUAUUUAUCAUUAUGAAAAACAAGCCUACUCGAACUUAGAACAAUAAUGUUUGCAUUAGAAAAUGAAAAACAUAAUGAAUGAAUGAGAUAUAAAAUAAUGACAUAUAUUAUAAUCAGGAAUCAUAGUUUUUUGGAAAUUGCCUCAUAUGUACCAACAUACUUUGGUGACCACCAAAAUAUUACUUGAACUCUGUAAUUUUUCUGUUUAUUUAAUAAAAUCUAACGCAGUUGUAAUCAUUUGUGAAAAUAUUUUUAUAUAGUUGGAAAGAUAUACAGCUAAAUUAUAAUUUAA